AUGGUACAGAGUCAGAAGGCGAGGUGCAGAGAUGCAGCCGGGGUGGCGGUGAGGAACUGUGCUGACAGAGCGAAGGGUGGGGGCGACACCAUUGCUGGAAGUCCUAAGCCAAAGUACGCCAACACCCUUCAGAAGCUGGAACAAGAAGUCCUUCUGUCCUUCCGCCCAGUUGCUGAGCCGGGGCACACAGACAGUCAAGACCUGACCUUUGGGAAGCAGACUGGGGCAGAGACCGCUCCCUCCUUCGGGAGCUCGACGCGGCGCGGCGACCAGGGGACGGGCGGGGCGGGCGGGGCCUUCCACCGCGCCCGGCGAACUCGGAGCAGCGGGGACCCUUCCUCCCGGCGCCUGCAGGAGGUGAGGAGCAGGCCGAUCAAGCCGGGCUCUCCGCUGGGUUCGGGUGUCGAGGCGUCUAGGUCGCCGCGGGAGGCGGAAGCCGCGCGCCCAGGAACCGCCUCCCCGGUCCAGCCCCCAGGCCCGGAGCAGCACCGGGACAGGCGCCGACGCUCCGGGCGCCCUCGUGGGCACGCCCCCCGCGGCGCGCCACCCCCGGCCCGGCCCCCGCCCCCAGCAGCGGUGGCUCUGCGGAGGGGCCCCGGGUUGCCCGCACCUGCACCCGCGCGUUGGCGGCGGCGACGCGGAGGCCUGGCUCCCCGCCUGCGCGUCUGUCUUGCUCGCGUCUCUCUAGCGCGGCGUGGGGGGGCGGCGAGAAAGCACUCCCGGCGGCUCCUCCUGCUCCGCUCCUCGCUCUCCUGCCUCUUCCCUCCUCGCCUCCCGCGCUUCUGUCCCCGGCUCCGCCGAGCGCACUCCCCCGACGCCGCAGCCGCGAGGCGGGCAGCGCCGGACGCAGAGAUGAAGGUGCUGGGACACAAGAUCGAGCUGCUGACAGGGCUCCUGCUCCACGACGUGACCAUGGCCGGCCUGCAGGAGCUGCGAUUCCCCGAGGAGAAGCCCCUGCUCCGGGGCCAGGACGCCGCGGAGCUGGAGAACUCUGACUCCUUCCUCUUGGCUGUGGACACAGACUGGAAGGAACAUGACAUCGAGACGCCUUACGGCCUUCUGCACGUGGUGAUCCGGGGCUCCCCCAAGGGGAACCGCCCGGCUAUCCUCACCUACCAUGACGUGGGGCUCAACCACAAGCUGUGCUUCAAUACCUUCUUCAAUUUUGAGGACAUGCAGGAGAUCACCAAGCACUUCGUGGUGUGCCACGUGGACGCCCCGGGUCAGCAGGUGGGGGCGUCACAGUUUCCUCAGGGGUACCAGUUCCCCUCCAUGGAGCAGCUGGCCGCCAUGCUCCCCAGUGUGGUGCAGCACUUCGGGUUCAAGUACGUGAUUGGCAUCGGAGUGGGAGCCGGAGCCUAUGUGCUGGCCAAGUUUGCACUCAUCUUCCCCGACCUGGUGGAGGGGCUGGUGCUGAUGAACAUCGACCCCAACGGCAAAGGCUGGAUCGACUGGGCGGCCACCAAGCUCUCCGGCCUCACCAGCACUUUACCCGACACGGUGCUAUCCCACCUCUUCAGCCAGGAGGAGCUGGUGGGCAACACAGAGUUGGUGCAGAGCUACCGGCAGCAGAUCUCGAACGUGGUGAAUCAGGCCAACCUGCAGCUCUUCUGGAACAUGUACAACAGCCGCAGAGACCUGGACAUUAACCGGCCUGGGACAGUGCCCAACGCCAAGACACUCCGCUGCCCCGUGAUGCUGGUGGUCGGGGAUAACGCACCUGCCGAGGAUGGCGUGGUCGAGUGCAACUCCAAACUGGAUCCAACCACCACGACCUUCCUGAAGAUGGCAGAUUCCGGGGGUCUCCCCCAGGUCACACAGCCCGGGAAGCUGACUGAAGCCUUCAAAUACUUCCUGCAAGGCAUGGGCUACAUUGCGUACUUGAAGGACCGAAGGCUGAGUGGAGGAGCAGUGCCCUCGGCCAGCAUGACUCGUCUCGCCCGCUCGCGCACCGCGUCCCUCACCAGCGCCAGCUCGGUGGACGGCGGCCGCCCGCAGGCCUGCACCCACUCGGAGAGCAGCGAGGGGCUGGGCCAGGUCAACCACACCAUGGAGGUGUCCUGUUGA